GCGGAGCCGCCGCCACCGCCGCCGCGGAGCAGCCCGCGGAAGGCCAACCGCCAUGGGGCACGGAGAGACGCUGCCCGGCCACCAGCCAUGCCGCAAAGGUGCUGCUCUGCCUUUGGCUUGCAAGGACUCCUGCCAAGCACUGUGCCAGAUCAUCAACGCAUCUGAAUCGCUCUCUUCUCGCCUUGCCUCUGUGGACAGGACUCUCAAUGAAACCAGCCAGAGCCUUUCCACACUUGCUGGAAGCAAGUAUCACCUCUAUGUUGGCUUGGCUUUGGCAGUAGCUUCCAGUAUCUUUAUUGGCUCUAGUUUCAUACUGAAGAAGAAAGGACUUUUGAAGCUGGCAGACAAAGGAGUCCGCCGAGCUGGACAGGGUGGACAUUCUUACCUGAAGGAGUGGCUGUGGUGGGCUGGAUUGCUUUCAAUGGGAUUAGGAGAAGCUGUGAACUUUGCUGCCUAUGCCUUUGCACCUGCAACUUUAGUUACCCCUUUGGGGGCACUCAGUGUUCUCAUAAGUGCUCUCUUGUCAUCCUAUUUUCUGAAUGAGAAGCUGAAUCUCCAUGGGAAGCUGGGCUGCGUGCUGAGCGUUUUGGGGUCAACAGUCAUGGUGAUUCAUGCCCCUGAGGAGGAGGAGGUCACUUCCCUAGAUGAGAUGGAGAGAAAGCUGCAAGAUCCAGCUUUUGUCACCUUUGCUGCUGUCCUGACAGCUGUUACCCUGGUGCUGAUUUUCAAGGUGGCCCCGAGGAGAGGUCAGACCAACGUCGUGAUCUACGUUUUGAUAUGCUCUCUGAUCGGUGCUUUCUCUGUCUCGUCUGUGAAAGGCCUGGGCAUUGCCAUCAAAGAGAUGCUGGAGUGGAAGCCAGUUUAUCACCACCCUUUGCUUUACCUUUUGCUGGGUGUCUUGGUGCUCUCAGUCAGCACUCAAAUCAACUACCUCAACAAAGCCCUGGACACGUUCAACACGUCUCUGGUGACGCCUGUUUACUACGUCUGCUUCACCACCACAGUUGUGACCUGCUCCAUCAUCCUGUUCAAGGAGUGGAGCAGUAUGGACCUGGGUGAUAUCGUUGGAACCCUCAGUGGAUUCUGCAGCAUCCUCAUUGGUAUUUUUCUGCUGCAUGCUUUCAAAAAUACUAACAUCACCUGGAGCCAGUUGGUGUCCACCGUCGCCAAAGGACCGUCACCGGCUCACCACGAGGAUGAAACCUGCCACACUUUACUGCAGAGCAUGGAAGACCCAAGCUUGGCCUAUGAGGAGGACAAUGUUUUAUUCAGUCAAGCAAGAUUCAGCACUGAAGUACCAUGAGCUGCAGGCUCAGCCUACCUGUGUCUACCAGAAUGCUCUUUGCAGUCCUCUGUGUAAGGCCAGUUGAACGUGAGCCGCUCCUCUCUGCCAGCUGGCAGUAGUCACGAAUGAAAACCUUCAGUAACUAACAUGACAGAAACCUGAUGGCUGUUGGAGGCCAGGCAGUGACCAGACUUGUCCCUUCCUUCUGCAGUAGCUCUUCCUGGAGCGUUUCAGCAGGAAGGAAUGGUCUGUGUAAGCUGUGCUUGCAAAGCAUGUGAGCUAUGCUUACUGAGUGCAACCUUCCCUUCGCCAUGGAAGUCAACCCUUGCUCAAGUGACAAAGCACUCUGCUGGUAUCUCAGCCAUGGCCUUGCCUUUACACACUUCCAUUUUACUAACUUAUUGCCCAAGCAAGUUUGUAGAUCACAGAAUCACAGAGUGUCAGGGGCUGGAAGGGACCUCCAAAGCUCAUCCAGACCAAGCCCCCUGCCAGAGCAGGGUCACCCAGAGCAGAUCACACAGGAACACACCCAGGCAGGUGUUGAAUAUCUCCAGAGAGGGAGACUCCACAACGCCCUUGGGCAGCCUGUGCCAGGGUUCUGGCACCCUCACAGGGAAAAAAUCCUCCUCACAGGAUGUUAGGGGUUGAAAAGGACCCAAGGAGAUCACAGAGUUCAACCCUCCUGCCAGAGCAAGGCAAUCCUAUCUAACACAGCUCACAGAGGAACACAUCCAA